AUGGCUUCAUCCCCUUCACCGGAAAUUUACAUCCCAGAGCAAUGGUCAGAGGCUGCGAACUCCAUUAAAUCCGCUUCAACCCCUCCUAUCACACUCAUAUGUGGACCCAAAAACUGUGGCAAAACAACCUUCUCCCGCUACCUUCUUAAUGUCCUACUGACAAGAUAUAAGAGAGUAGCUUAUCUUGAUACUGAUGUUGGCCAACCUGAGUUUACUCCUCCUGCUUUUGUUUCUCUAACCAUUGUUCAUAAAAUCACUCCAGAUUUGACGGUUCCAUACCUGAAAACACCAGAGAGAUCCCUUUUCUUUGGCGAUGUUUCUUCGAAGAGAGAUCCAUUAACAUACUUAAAUUAUGUAUGCUCCAUUUAUGAUUAUUAUCGAAAGGAGUGUCGGACAUCUGAUAAGGGAGCAAAAUCUUCUAGGGUUCAAAUGCCUCUUGUAGUCAAUACUCCUGGUUGGGUUAAAGGUGUUGGUUAUGACGUUUUAGUGGACAUGUUAAAAUAUAUUUGUCCAACCCAUGUAGUUAAGAUCGGUAUAUCCACUGAAAAUAAGAAUUUACCUGUUGGAAAAUUCUGGUUAGAUGGGGAAUAUGAUGGAACAAAUACAUUGAUCGAGAUUAAUUCUGCCCGGCAGGACUCAUUAAAUAGAUCGGUGCUUGUUCAAAAGGAUGCUAGUCUUUUGCGUGAUUUACGAAUAAUGGCUUAUUUCAGACGAUGCUUUCCUAGCGAUUCAGAUAUUUCAACGAUCAAGGAACUUGCACAUUCCUUGACCUCUCACUGUCCUUAUCAAGUUCCUAUUGCAAGCAUAAAGAUUCGACAUGUUCAUCGCGAGGUCCCGAGCUCUGAAAUAUUCUACAGCUUGAAUGCUAGUAUUGUUGGCUUAGCAGUUGAAUCUGAAGGACCUGGAAAUUCAUCCUGGUGCCUCGGUCUUGGCAUUGUGAGGGGUAUUGACACAGUCAAAGGUAUGCUAUAUGUGAUAACACCGGUGCCUGUUGAUUCUCUGAAAAAAGUCAACCUCUUGCUGCAGGGUUAUAUCCAAAUUCCUACAUGUUUAUUGCAGGUCCAGGGAUGCAUAUCACCGUACAUGUCAGAAAAUGUAUUGACUGUAAGCUAG